GUUUUCUUUCGCGAUGCGACUUGCAGUGGGGCAAGAAUACCUAGGUUCUACCUAACCAUCCAAACCAAUUGCAAGAGCGGCAAGCACCUUUUUCCUUUCUAUACUCAACGGGGAAUGGUAGCCAAGAUGCGCUCGACGCAGUCAGGACGUAUAGUAAAGUCCUCCCGAAAGGGGGGAGGGACUCCUCACCAAAAGAAUCAUCGAUGGGAGUCUUUCACUACAAAGAUCUCCAAGCUACAUUCUCUCGAUCCUCUCCGAAGAGUACGACGACAUGACCUCGAAACCGAAGACCUCGAAGCAACUACUUCCUACUUCCGAAAUGGUAUGGAGAAAUGGGCCGAUAUCAAUAUAUCCAAGGCUUUUACUUUCUUCCGGCGAGAGGUGCGGCCCUUCUGCGACAGCCUGCCUCAGAUUCUACAUUUCGAGGAUAAGAUCAUGGAGUUAUUGGUAAAAUACAUAUCAAUGCAUGAUCCGGAGUCCCUAGAACCUCUCCUAGAUCUACUUACGGCAUUGGCACACGAUCUGGGUACUCGUUUUGAGAAGCACUACCCGACUGCUUUGUCCCUAAUCACUGGGAUCGCGAGCCGACACCAAGAUGCUGCAGUUACAGAAUGGACCUUUGGCUGCUUAGCUUUUCUCUUCAAGUAUCUGUCGAAGCUCUUAGUACCAGAUAUCCGACCAACUUUCGACGCCUUGGCGCCACUACUGGGCAAAGCUCGAAAUCCUCCCCAUAUUGCUCGAUUCGCCGCCGAAGCGUUAAGCUUCCUCGUCAAGAAAGCUGCCGCGCCUGCAAAUCGAGACAAAGCCUUGCCCCUACUAAUCGAACACGCUAGAUUAGAUCUCGAAGGUAGUAGGGAUAGUCGGCAAUUCGGACUAUAUCAUCAUGGACUUAUGACUAUGUUUGCUGAGGCUAUUAAAGGCCAAGGAUAUGCUAUCCAUACGAGCGGGCCCGAGAUCAUCAAAUCGCUCAUAAAAUCUGUUCCCAAUAACGAAUGUAUUUCUUCAGAUCCGGUAACAUGGACUGAUCUUGUUUCUGGUGUACUUGUUAGUACUGUUCAUCAUACGACUGCUGAAACGUUUAAGCCUAUUCCACAACUCGUAGCAGAUAUUGCAGCUGAAGACGACAGUUGUGCUAGUUACCCGUUACGCAAUUGUCUAUAUGUUAGGAUCAUGGGAACUAUAUGCGGUGUUCGAAAAGGUAGUCGCAUUAGAGAUUGGUCGACGGUUCUCAACUGCUUAUUGGAAUCCCUCAAGGCUCUCUCGAAAGCCCCAAAUAGCCUUGAGGAUAUCGACUCAUCUGCUAUAUGGCAGCAGCUCAUGGUCAAUAUAGCUAUCGUUUGGCAACAGGCCAAGAUGGACUCCAUCAUUCCAUGUAUUACCGAUUUCGCGAUCGUUAUGACUCGGGAGCCUCUGAUGAGAUGGUUCAUACCAUUUUGUUCCUAUUUCUCCGAUCUCGAUUCUACUAAAUUCCGUAGCCUUUUACUGAAACAAUUUCAAAAAUUUAUUGUGACGCAUUGGUCUGAGGGUUCUAAUGAGGAAAUGUUGUGCAUAUUUCUACCGCGGAUGGUAGAAUCUCGUGCCCUGCCUUCGGUCACAGAACCUGAGAGCUUUUCUCUCCCGCAAUCCUGGCAGGAUCAGAUUGUUACCAAGUUCGAACGUCUGGAGAUUUCCCCGUUCCCCGAGCAAGGGAAUUCGAGUGGAUACGACAAAGACCCGAAAACAUGGCGGGAUAAAUGCUUACCUAAAUACUUGGGUCUUCUUCAUGUCCUGGAGGCAACCACGGUUCGGCCUUCUACGAAUGGUCCCAUCGCAGAGCUGUUGUUGAGGAAACUCAAGCUUGCGCUGAAGCCCUCUCAGUCUUUAGCGAGUGAGGAAGCCCACUUCAUCGUUAGCCAGGGAUUUUCUGCGUAUCUGCGAAUGAGCAAAGCCACCGGGGAGAUUGAUAGUUCUCUAGAACCCUUGCUCAAAGCAGCUACUCCCCGGUACCGGCGACUCACUGGAUUUCUAGAAGCAAUGAUUACUUACGAGGACCAACUUAAUCACAAGAAGAGCUCCCCAUCUCAAAGUGAGAGUAGUUCCAAUAGCGAAAGUGAUGAGGACCCUUUCAUGAAAAGUCUCAUUGAAAACUUACCUAGUCCAUCGCAUCGACAUCGGUUAGCAUCUUUGCAGUUGCUUAGCCGUCUCGACGCGGCUUCGGAUGAGUUGGACUCUUUGGCAACCAUGAUCCAGACAGAACAAACGCCCCUAGAAUUUCAAAAUACUCGUCUUAUUUCUGUUCACAUACGGAAGCUGGCAGCAACUUAUCCCCAGCUCAGUAAGGACUCGUGGCUCCGACAAGCAAUCCCAAAAUUUCUCUUUGGACAGAUGACAGUGCGGUUGACUCCAAUUUGGGAUUCCGCGGUGGAAGCAUUGCAGCAGAUUGGCGAAGUAAAGUCCGGAGAGGAAGUUAUAUGCGAUAUUGCGUUCGACUGGAUAGAAUCACCAUCCAAGCGAUGGGAGGGUUCGCAGAAGGAAGCUAUAGCUUCAUCAAAUACUGGCCUCACAGAUUUCGAGUGCUGGAACCUGUCGAGUUUGCACAGAAAAGCUGAAGAAGCAGAGCGCGUAUUAAAAUGCUAUUCCGAAAUCAUGUCAGAACAUUUCGAAGUUAGCCAGAGUUUGGUGUCCGCCAUGCCUGCUAACGCAAGGUCUCAAGCACUCAAAGUCUUCUCGGCUACGCCCGGUAUAGUAGAGAAAAGAUCUCGCAAAUUAGUGCCUUACUUACUGUCGUGGACAAGAGAUACCGAGGAGCAAGAUGACAACGAAAUCAAACCACCCGAGCAGCUUUCUGGCGGAUCCUGGUCCCUCUUUGACAAGAAAGCUCUUUUGGGUGUAUUUGGUCAAUUCUCAAACCCCAAGGUGUUGUACCAAAGCCAACAGGUUUACGAUGUGCUUCUAGGUCUACUUGCCAAUGGUGACGUAGAAGUCCAGAAGUCUGCUCUCAAAGCCAUCUUAACUUGGAAGCAGGAGGGAGUUAAGCCUUACCAAGAAAAUCUAGAAUAUCUUCUUGACGAAGCCAGAUUUAAAAACGAGCUGACUGUGUUGUUUCAAGGCGAACAGCAGAUUCGACUGGAACACCGCUCCGAGCUCAUGCCUGUACUACUCAGACUUCUCUAUGGAAGGUCAAUUUCAAAGAAGGGAACUGCAAGUGGACGUCAUGGUCUUCAUGCUACUAGACUGGCUGUUUUAAGACAGCUAAGUAUUGAAGACAUGGGGGAAUUCCUUGAUAUUGCUCUUGGUGAUCUUCGUGGGAUUAGCGUUCUCGAGGAUACUCAGCUGCGCGAAAACAUCUUUGAUGACGAAGUGUUGACCGUGCGAAAGCAGGUUGGAUUUCUUAAUAUGAUGGAAGCCAUAAUUAACGAGAUGGGCACUGGUGUUGUCUCCUUUGCCAAUAAGAUCCUCAAUGCAGUACUCUAUUGCCUCAUACUCUCCUCGCGAAGGUUAAACCAGAAUAAUGAGGACAUAGAAGAAGAUCUACCCGCACAAAGCUCCCUUCUUCGAGUUGUCAAGGGAACAUCCCUCAAGUGUCUGAUUGCAUUACUUCGGAAUGCCUCUGGUUUCGACUGGACACCUUAUAAGGAUGUGUUCAUUAAAGAGGUUGUAAGCCCGCGUCUGGAGAAGCUUCCAACGGAAACAACUCAAGGUGUAUCCGGAACCCUUCAAUUUAUUGCGACAUUAUCACAACUUCCGAAGACGGCUUUAUUUCUCUCCACUGACAAACGCAUCAUUGGAAAGUUAAUGGAAUGUCUCAAACUUGAGAAAACCAAGGACGAAGUCAAGAUUUUUGCAUUGAGCAUUGUACGCAGCCUGGUCGGAAUUUCUCAGCAGCCGGCUAUAGAAUCCGAAUUCAAUGAGCUGAUACGAGAAGAAAUUCUAGACCCUAAUGUCAAUGCUAUAUUGGAAAGUAUCGGCGUGGCCCUGACAUCUAAAGGGGAAGUGAGCCGGGAUCUACUCAUGGCAUGUGUUGAGUGUGUAGUAGAGUUAUCUCCAGUUAUUCAAAAGUCGGCUCAUGUCACGAAUCUCAUUGACAUUUCAGUUUCUCUUCUUAAUCAACCCUCACGACGUGUUAAUCCUAAAGCCAAGGGACUGGUCCUUGCAAUGCUGGAAAAUUUCAUCAAGCUCGCAGGAGCGGAUCUUCGCGCAGAGUUGAAAGACCAGAUCUAUUCGACAAUAGCAUCUCUCUUUGGGUUCUUCAAGGACCGUACCAACCGACAAGCGUUGUCAAGUGUAUUGGCAGUAUUAUACCCAGAUGACCCGUUAUGUCUUGAAUUAUCUUCACUUUGUGCAGAUCUGAAUUCUUAUGACAGCAGCCGUGUCGAUGAACCAGAUUACGAAAAACGACUGGCAGCUUUUAAUGCUAUUCUGCGCGCAAGAGAUAUACCCUACACUCCACGAGAUUGGGAGCCGUUAAUACACAACAUGACCUUUUAUAUAAAGCACGACGAGGAGUAUGGGAUUCUGUCUGCGAACUCUGCUGAUGGCCUGUGCAAAUUUAUAGAAACCGUUGCGUGUUCGAAGGGUGAAGAGCAGGCUAAAUUCUAUGAUAUGCUGUCAAAUGUCUUGAUGCCAUCUCUAUACUCUAAUGCGCGGGAAUCAUCAGAAACUGUGAGAAGAGAGACUGUGAAGGUAUUUGGAGUUUUGGUAUCACGGAUGCCUUCUUGGUCUCCAAUUGCUGACCUUGUGGCAAUCAACCCCGAGCCAGACGAGGGUGACCCGGACCCAAGCUUCUUUAACAAUAUCCUCAGUCCUGCAGCAGCACGUCAGAUGCGAGCACUACAGCUAUUAACCAAAGCUAGCCUGCAUACGUCUUUGAAUAGCAAACACUUAACUCACUUCUUCGUACCUCUCCUCGAACAUUUUAUUUUCGACCGAGAGGAGGGGAGUGACGACCAUGGUGUGGGAGCUCAGGCUGCAACAACAAUUGCUGAUAUAGCCUCGUCUCUAGAAUGGCCACAGUAUCGAGCCGUCCUCCGCAGAUAUAUCAGCUAUAUCGAGUCGAAACCGGAACUCCAGAAACAGUUGAUCAGGCUUCUCGGUAAAUUCGUGGACACCCUCGCGAUGGUGGCAGCAGAAAAACGUCAAGAUGUGAUGGAAGUUGAUUCUAUUCCUAUCGUAGAGCUAUCGAGGAAAUCUAAAUUGGCAGCCACAAUGCCAGCGCAGGAGAAGCUGAACGAAGACAUCUUGACCAAUAUCCUACCACCUCUUCUGGAGUACAUUCACGAGAAAGAUGAAACUACAGUUAGUUCGCGUGUUCCUGUUGGCAUCAUCAUCGUAAAGAUCUUGAAAGUGUUACCAAGCGAGUCGCUGAACCAAAAGCUGCCUGGAGUCCUUACGGAUAUUUGCCAUAUCCUGCGCAGCAAGGCUUGGGAUUCAAGAGAGAUGGCACGGAGUACACUUGCGACCAUGACCUCGCUUCUUGGGCCAUCUUAUUUUGGAUUUGUCCUUAACGAGCUUAGAGGUGCUCUCACGAAGGGAUACCAACUACACGUCCUGUCAUAUACAAUGCAUACCAUCCUAGUUCAUGUCACACCCCAAUUCCGGGCGGGAGAUCUUGAUUAUUGCCUCGAUAAAAUUGUUAGCGUGAUAAUGGACGACAUAUUUGGUGUCGUAGGACAAGAGAAAGACGCAGAAGAAUAUAUUAGCCAAAUGAAAGAGAUCAAGAGCAGCAAGAGCCAGGAUUCGAUGGAACUUAUUGCACGAACUGCUUCUAUUAGCCACCUGGUUGACCUUGUUCGGCCUCUUCAGUCUCUAUUACUUGAGAAACUCAACCUCCGUAUGGUACGAAAAAUUGACGACCUAUUGUCGAGGAUAACUUCUGGCUUGCUGGGUAAUUCUGCCGCUGAUAGCCGGGAUACCUUAGUUUUUUGCUAUGAGGUCAUUCAGCAGGUAUAUGAAAGCCACAAGCCGCGCUCAGAGUCAAGACUCGACCCGAAACUUAGGCGUUAUCUUAUCCAGAAAGGCGCCAACAAAAGUGGCGAUCGCAGUACAACUAGCAAGUAUACAUACAAACUGGUUAGAUUUGCCGUUGAUGUUCUGCGAUCUGUACUAAAAAAGUACGAUGAUAUCCGUAACGCAGUCAACAUUACAGGGUUCAUACCAAUCUUGGGUGAUGCUCUCGUUGGAGGCGAAGAGGAAGUUAAGAUAGCAACUUUUAAACUCCUGACCGUUCUUGUUAAAGUUCCGUUCAAGACCGAUGAUUCAACAAAGCUCUACAAAGUAGCUUCGAAAGAGGCUUCGAAAUGUAUCUCGGCAUCUAUUUCGACUGCAACAGAUCUCGCGCAAAGUGCACUUAAACUUAUGUCUGUCAUCAUCAGAGACCGCCGUGAUGUUGCUAUCAAAGACGCAGCCGUUGAUAUGCUCCUCGGGAAAGUCAAGGAUGACCUAACGGAACCUCUUUAUCGUCAUGUCACAUUUAACUUCCUGCGAUCAGUUCUUGAUAGGAAGGUUGAGACUGCUACUGUUUAUGAUACAUUGGACUAUGUCGGAGGUAUCAUGAUCACGAAUGACGACAAAGACACACGAGACCUAGCUCGGGGCGCAUUCUUCCAGUUCCUUCGAGACUACCCUCAGAAGAAGAACAGAUGGGCUAAGCAGCUUAGCUUUAUCGUGGCAAAUCUGAAAUAUGAGAGGGAAGGUGGCCGUCUCUCUGUCAUGGAAAUUGUUCAUCUUUUGUUGAUGAAAUCUGCCGAUGACUUCGUGCAGGAAAUUGCAACAACUUGUUUCAUCCCUCUGGUUUUCGUCUUGGUCAACGACGACAGCGAAAAGUGUCAAUUAGCAGCCGGCGAAUUGCUCAAAGAGAUCUUUCGAAAGGCAGAUAAAGAGCGAGCAUCGAAAUUUCUGUCGCUCAUGCGGGCUUGGAUAGAGCAAGAUGACAACUCUUCGGUCUUACAAUUAGCGGUCCGAGCGUUUACGUUAUAUUUCGAAGGCAGGGAACCUGCGUCUAGGGAUCGUAAAGACUUGGACCUCUUGCUUGAGACGUCAGCUAAUGUUUUGGGCGACUAUUCAACUUUUGCAAACGAUUCUGAUUUGAUUAACACAAUUCUACGGACAAUACCAAUCCUUAUAGAGAAGCACCCAGCAGUAACAUUGGCACACGAGAGACUGUGGCAGUCUAUCUCAAAUCCACUCUCACAUCCGGACCCCACUGUUAAAGUCUCAAGCGUACGGUUACUACGAAUAUACCUGACUGAUUUCUACGACAAUAAUAAGAACGCUGUCAAUAACCAGGCUAUUCUUGGAUCUUACGGUCUUCGGUUACAGCCGCAUAUAGUCGGACAACUGACGCUCUAUGCCGUAGGCGUUCUUAGCCCAGCAACUUUAAGGAGAUGGAAAAGGAGAUUGCAAAAGAAAAAUAGUUCUGCAUCUUUCGGCGAUAAUGACGGGAAAAGUUUUAUUGAGAACCCAGUAGAACUAGACGAGGCUCUAGCUGCCGAUUUCAGCCGUGUCAUUCUGAUGCUGAGCAAAUUCUUAGAUAUUGAUUCGGUAGAUUCUGAAUCUUCCGACAACGACGCAGGCAGCUCUAAAGACAGCGAAGAUGAAUGGGGUGGUUUUGAUGAUGGCGAAAAGGAGAAGGCUUAUAACAUCACUCUCCAUACGUUAUUUGUCUGGUUGUCUGAAAUUCUCGUUGAAGAGACGCCACCUAAAGCCGAUGCCCUUAUCCCUAAAGUCGCGGCACUGGAUAUAAUAUCCAUCUUGACAUCGACGUUGCCUGAAACAUCCUUGCGACCCUCGCUCAACAUCCUACUCACACCAUUACACCAUCUCACCGAUCCCUCAAUCCCAACACCCUUCUCGCUUAACGAGGUCUUCAAGACGCGAUACGAGGGGCUGAAGACGAAGGCGGAGGAAACUAUGGAGGUUCUACAGAAGAAGUUCGGCACUGCCGAGUACACGAAGGAACUGCUGGCCGUGCGGGACCGCGCUAGAAACCGUCGCGAGAGCAGAUCGAAGAAGAGGAAGAUCGAGGCUGUGACGCAGCCUGAGCGCUUCGGCCAGUGGAAGAAGGGCCGUCUGGACAAGAAAGUCAAGCGCAAGAAGGAGAGAGGGUUGGAGAACCGGAAUCGUCGGAGAGAGUAUUAGGGGAGCUAUUGGGUGGUGUGUGUUUAUUUGUUAUGCCAUGCUUAAAGCGUGGCUGGUGUUAGUGAGGCACGUUUAAAAUAGGGAAAUGGGAUAAUUUAAUUUAAUUUCGUAUAUGCAGGAAUGUGAAAUGAUAUUAACUGUUCUUUUAUUAUGAACGUCAUGGGGCUUCCAUAGGUUUUCACUACUUCUAAAGUUGGUAGUUAUUUGAACUUCGAUUUUCU